AUGCUCCGUUCUUAUUUGCCUUUCGCGGCGUUAUUUGCGGCUUCCGCGCUGUCAUCCCCUCUCUCAUUAGCAUCUCGAACACCAGACGCAGCCGCCGAGCAAUGUCACGGCAUCUCUGGGCCGUUUCUUGGUCCUUCCUUUCCUGACCCAUCAAUCUAUUAUACAAACGACACGUGGUACUCUUUCGGUACUUCCAAUGGAAAGGAUUUCCAAAGGGCAAAAUCCGCGAAGUUCGAGAGCGGAUGGAGCAAACUUGAAGGCCCAACCUUGGCCAUCGAUGAAGCGACAUGGGCAGGCCAGCAGCAGAGCGGCGUCUACGGCUUAUGGGCACCUGAUGUUUUUCAGAGGAGCUCCGACAAGAAAUUCGUCAUGUACUUCGCGGCGCUCGACAAGGAGACCAUCGGUACUAAUAAAGUUCAACACUGCAUCGGCGCGGCCGUCAGCGACGAUAUCGCGGGCGUGUACCACCCUGAGAACGACUUUGUACAGUGCAACCGAACCUCAUCGGGCGUGAUUGACCCCGCGUGGUUCAAAGACAACGACGGCAAGCAAUAUGUCGUGUACAAGACAGAAAUCCCCGAGAACUGGCUGGAGAUUCGGGAGGUGCGCAGCUCCGGGCCCAAGGAAGGCGUCGAGUGGAUUGGCAACGCACAAAAGCUGCUCCGGGUGAACGGCCAAGGCUUUUCUGAUGGAAACAAUAUAGAGGCUCCGUACAUCUUCAAGCGCGGUGACACGUACUUCUUGACUUACAGCACUCACUCCACUGCUGAACCCACGUACGAUGUUCAGUAUGCGACGGCGAAGAACGUGAACGGGCCCUAUACUAGGAUCAAGGAGCCGCUGCUUAAGACUACAGAUGCAUUUGGUUGCAAGCUGAUUGGCCCUGGCGGUGCAAGCUUCCAGCCAGCGUCUAAUGGUAAUCAGGAGGUUACCAGAAUAAUCUUCCAUGGUCUUACGGAUGCGAUGGAUAUCAACAAGCGUGUGGUGUACACAGCGACUGUGCAGGUCGGUGGUGACAGGCUUUCCAUUGAUUCGGCAUAA